ACAUAAAAAUGAACGUUAUCCAAUGAUAUUAUUUACAUUUAAUGAAGAUUUACUUAAUCGAAAACAGUCCAAAAUUUAUUAUAAAAAUUUUGUUGAUUUAUGUUAUUUAAAUAAUCCUAUAUCUAAAGAAUUAUAUGAUACAAGUGAAAAUGGUAUUACUACACAUGUUCAAUCUUUUUUUAAUGAUGAUUUAACAUUUUAUCAUUCGUUAAUAAUAUCAAGUGUUUUAUUGAAAACGACAGUAGUGAAACAUGGUAAAUUAGUAGGUGAUAGCUGUAUCUCAUUUCAUUUUGCUGAUGAUCAAACAACAUAUGGACUUAUUAGAGCUAUUGUUAAAUCAAAACAAGAUAGUGUUCGUUUAUAUAUUGAAGAACUGCUUGAAAAAAAGCAUGAAUCAUCGAAAUUUAAAUUUAAAAUAAAUGAUGAGCAAUAUCAACUUCCAAAUAUACUUCGAUUGAAACGUUCAAAUAUCUUUGAUCUUAAACAUCCGAAAUGGAUUUUAAAAAAGAAUGCCAUUGUAUGUGAACUUGGUAAGUGUCUUGCAGUUUUAGAAUAUCCUAACUUGAAAGACAGUAGCUAA